AUGAACGCUUUACAGCGAAUCUGCCCCGUUCACGGCGAUGGCAUCGCCUUCAUCCGCGACCCUCCCCGUCCCUUCCUCCCGCGCGGAUCCUUCCGCUCGCUCAUCCGCUGGAUGUAUUUCUCGUGGGUCUUCGGUGCCGUCUCUGUGGGCGUCGUGACCUUCUUCCAUAUUACCGGUUUGGUGUACCCUAACCAUGGCGUGUUCUCGAUCAUCCCUAAGCUUAUCGCGGAGUCAGACGAGCCUGUUGUGCGCUUCAAAGCAAUUGUUGUUGUGAUGCAGGUAUUGGUAUACCUCCGUUCGGUCAUCGUCACUACUCCUUCGUUCAUCGGCUGUCUCAACAUCUCACGCCCCCAACCCAUCUUCCGAACCUGGGUGGGUGCCUUUCUUCACAGCGCCUCAGCAGUGGCAACGUUCGUUAUGUCCAUGCAGAUUCUGCCUGGCGCGUGGUUCCUGUCGGUCAAGCUAGCCACGCAAGAGCAUGAUUACAUGCUUCAGCUUCAAGGAAAGGCCGUCCCGGUCGCACGCUUCGUUUCGGCAACUGUGAUCGCGGUCUUCAUGCUGAACCAGAUCAUCUGCGCCUACCUCAUGGCUAUCAUUUCGUUCGCCCAGAUAAUGCGCGCUAGAAAUGUCACUGGCUUUGAGAUAAUCGGCGUCGUUGUCUUAGGUUAUCUAGUGUUGCCGCGAGCCUAUGUAAAUCAGUAG